AUGAUGGGAGAAUUAUCUGAAUUCAGGGCAGAUACCGCAGCCUGGCUGGCCGAAAACUGCCCGGAGGGGGCACGCGGGCCUGGCCAGAUGGCCAACGGCUCCAGCAAAAUCAUCCUGGAACCAGACGUUGCAAAGUGGCUUGAGGCCUGUGUCGAGAAAGGUUUUACCGCCCCAACCUGGCCUACCCAAUAUGGUGGCGGCGGUUUGAGCCAGGACUAUGCGCGGGUUCUAUAUGACGAAAUGGGCAAGAUCAACGCCCGCUCGCCGCUGGUGGGCAUGGGUAUGUCGAUGAUUGGGCCCACUUUGCUCGAGUAUGGCGAUGAUGCCCAGAAAGAACGCCACCUGCCUAAGAUUAUUCGAGGUGAAAUCCAAUGGUGCCAGGGUUACUCGGAACCCAACGCGGGAUCUGAUCUGGCCGCGUUAAAUACCAAAGCCGAAGAUAAAGGUGAUCACUAUCUGAUCAACGGCCAGAAGAUCUGGACAUCGGGUGCUGCCACCGCAGAUUGGAUGUUCAUUCUGGUACGAACAGAUUUUAAUGCACCAAAACAUGAAGGUAUCAGUUUCAUGUUACUGACCAUGGAUCAACCCGGCGUAACGGUCAAACCGAUUCGUCUGAUCUCCGGCACGUCACCUUUCUGUGAAACUUUUUUUGACGAUGCCGUGGCUAAAAAAGAAGACCUGCUGGGGGAUCUGAAUAAAGGCUGGACAGUAGGCAAACGUCUGCUGCAGUUUGAAAGAUCAGGCAUUGGCGGUCUGAACGGGGGUGCGCGACAGGCCCAGCCUGGUGCGGGACUCGUCAAAACCGCAAAAAAAUAUGUCGGAGAAGACGACGGCCGCAUCAAAGACCCGGCCCUUCGCGAAGCCAUCACCACCUUGAACAUGAACCGCGCGGCAUUCCAACUCACCGCCGCUCGAGCCAAUGCCGAAAAUAAAUCAGGCACACCCGGGGCAGCCACUUCAAUUUUCAAAUUAUACGGCGCAGCGCUGCAGCAGGAUGGCGCUGCGUUGAAACGUGAGUUGAUGGGCUUCCGUGGCCUGGGUGCACACGACCCGAACGGAUUCACCGCUUCAGAGUUAGAAGCAGCCAGCGACUGGCUGGGCAGCAAAGCAACCACCAUAUACGGUGGCAGCAAUGAAAUUCAGGCCAACAUCAUCGCCAAACGGGUCAUUGACCAGGAACAGCACAAAGCCUUCGCGCGCAAAUUUGGCACGUUGCAUGUGCACCCAAUGCAGCACAGCUAUGGCGGCGACCCGGAGAUCCUGCGUGUAAAAACCACCAGAGAUUCUAAAUAUACCGCUGGCAAUGGCUGGCAUACCGACGUUACCUGCGAUGAAAUUCCGCCGUUGGGCUCCAUGUUAUACAUCACAGAAACUCCGGAGUGUGGCGGCGGAGACACGUUAUUUGCUGAUAUGUACCUUGCCUAUGAGCUGCUCAGCGACACCAUGAAAGACAUGCUGGAUGGACUUGUUGCCGUGCACGAUGGCGCCAUCCCUUAUCUGAGCGGUUAUCAGGUAUCGCCACCGGAAGGUUCAAAGUACCCACGCAAUGAGCACCCGGUUGUUGCAACCCAUCCUGAAACCGGUAAAAAGGUUUUAUACGUCAACAGUGGCUUUACUUCGCACAUCAAGGGAUUAAAUGUCUGGGAAAGCAAAGCUUUACUCGGCGGGCUAUUGAAUCACAUCGCUCAGACUCAACGGCUGUACUGCCGGGUGCAGUGGCGCCCCAACACGCUGACGUUCUGGGAUAAUCGAUGCACCCAGCAUCACGCAGUCUGGGACUACUACCCGCACAGCCGCUAUGGGGAACGGGUGUCUAUUCUCGGCAACGACGCUUUCGCGCUUGGCUGGUGCGUCAGUUUCACCCUCAAGAUCAGAUGCCUCAGCGACCACAAUCUCUUGUUCAAUUUCACUGGCCUCCUCUUCAGAGGCUUUCAUUUCACCAAGAUCCGGAGUUUGUGCGUCCAGGUGCAACUGCCGCGGUCAGCAGCGGUGACGCUGCAUCACCACAUAAAUCCACUGAACUUCUGGCGAAUGUUCAUCAUGGGCAUGGGUUUUGUCGAUACCGCCAUGGCCGGACGCUACAGUGCUACCGAUCUGGCCGGCGUGUCAUUGGGUGGCAGCGUGAUGUGGCCAUUCAUGAUGAUGUUUACCGGCAUAACCAUGGCGCUCACACCCAUCAUCUCCCAGUUACGCGGGCGCAGGCAGCUGCCGCAAGUGGGCCAUCAGAUUCGUCAGGGGUUAUGGAUCUGUCUGGCCACCAGCACCGUCCUGGUUGUGAUUCUCUGUAACGCCGGCGCCAUCUACGCGCUCACCGGACUUAAACCUGAAGUGGCAAGGAUCGCCACCGACUACCUGGCCGCAGUAGCGUGGGGAAUCCCUGCCCUGGUGUUUUAUGUGGCGUUACGCCAUGCCUGCGAAGGGCUUGGACACACACGUCCGCCGAUGAUCAUUGCUGGCAGCAUGCUGCCCGUCAAUGCGACUCUGAAUUACGCGCUGAUUUACGGCAAAUGGGGGCUGCCUGAACUGGGGGGUGUCGGUUGCGGCUACGCCACGGCGGUGGUCUUCUGGCUACAGUUCAUAAUGAUGAUGGUUGUGAUCAAGCGCCCCUACUUCACAGCCACCGGUUUGUUUGAACGAUUUGAGUGGCCGGAAGCCGCCCCCAUCACUUCGAUCUUUAAAAUUGGUACACCCAUUGGUCUGGUCAUUUUCCUGGAAAUGGCCGUUUUUUCAGUGAUCGCUUUUCUAAUCGCGCGUUUGGGUGUUGAGCAGGUCGCCGCAAAUGCCAUUGCCGGCAACAUCAACUGGUUGACCUAUGUUAUUCCGAUGAGCCUCGGUGCUGCUGCCAGCAUCCGCGUGGGUUUUCAUGUUGGCGCCAACGACCUGGUAGCUGCCCGCCUGACCGCGGUGACGGUGUAUAAAUUCUCUAUCGGCUAUGCGCUGAUUGUCAGCGUAAUGCUGGUGUUGAUGCGUUAUCACCUGGUCAGCAUCUAUACCGCCGAUCCCGCGGUGAUCCAGAUUGCCGUCACGCUGCUGCUGUUUAUUGCCGUGUACCAGAUUGUUGACGACAGCCAGGCGGUGACCAUUGGCGCGUUACGUGGCUAUAAAGAUACAGAAGUACCCAUGUAUAUCAGCCUGGUUGGCUACUGGUUUAUUGCCGUUCCGCUGGGUUGGUUCCUGUCACAGGAGCUGCUGUUGCCUGGGUUGGCGCCGGGCGUGUACGGCUACUGGACCGCGCUGACUCUUGGUCUGUCGCUGGUGGCCAUCAGUGUGGGUCUACGUCUGUGGUACCUCAGCGGCAACGACAAAAAGAUUCUGCAGCUGGCGGCAACCUAUACACCGCUCAUGGAAGAACAGCUCACAAUCCCGUUGGAUCUGGUUAACACCGCCUAUCAGUUCCUUACUGAACAGGCCAUCACCUGGUCAUUCAAACUCCUUGGUGCUGCUCUGGUGGUACUCGCCGGUUUCAUUGUCGCCCGCUGGGUUGCCCGCCUGUUAACCGGCAUUUUAGAAAAGCGUGAUGUAGACGUGACCCUGCGCCAGUUUAUGGCCUCUACCGUACGGUUGCUGAUUCUGAUCAUGUUCAUGGUUGUGGCUUUGGGUCAGCUGGACAUCUCUAUCACACCAUUGAUUGCCGCGAUUGGUGGCCUGGCAGUAGGUUUGAGCCUGGCGCUGCAAGGACCGGUGUCCAACUAUGGCGCAGGCCUGAUGAUCAUUCUCACACGCAUGUAUCGCGUCGGCGACACCAUCACCACCCAGGGUUGUUCAGGGCUUGUUGAAGACAUCAGCCUCGCGGCGACCGCGCUGCGAGCGGAAGAUGGCGAGCUGAUUAUUAUUCCCAACAAACAUAUUGUCGGCGAGGUACAUACCAACUCUGAAGCCAAUCGAAUUGUCGAAGGUUGUGUUGGUAUCGCCUACAGCGCCGACCCGGAGCUGGCGAUUCAAGCGAUUACCCAGGUCCUGAACAACGAAACCGGCGUUAUCCAGGACUCACCGCCGGAAGUAGGCAUCUGCAACUUUGGAGAUUCCAGUGUCGAUAUCGAAUACCGCUACUGGACGCCAACCGGUGGUUAUUUCAAAACCAUCCAUACGGUUAAUCUGGCCAUCUUCAAAGCCUUCGCAGAGCACGGCAUCAGCAUCCCAUUCCCGCAAUCUGAAGUACGUCUGCUCAACGAUGUUCUAACCGGCACCACAGUUUGUUUCUUUGAUCGCCCAGCAGUCGCCGCCGUUCACAUUAUGGGUGCUGCACCUGGCACUCGCGAUACUGAACUGCUGAACCCGGAGUUUACCGUCGACCAUAUCGACGCGCUGGUUUUGUCUGGCGGAUCUGCUUACGGGCUGGAUGCCGCCGGCGGUGUUCAGGCCUGGCUACGGAAACACAACCGCGGCAUUCCACUGGACCCGGUGCGUAUCCCCAUUGUCCCCUGUGCGAUUCUGUUUGAUAUGCGCAAUGAAGGCGACAAGGACUGGGGGCGCUUUUCCCCCUAUCGAGAUCUGGGUUACGCAGCCAUGGAAACGAUGACCCAACAGCCUAAGUUAGGUGCUGUCGGUGCAGCGCUGGGCGCCAGAACGGCUAACGCACCGGGCGGUUUUGGCAUGGCAGAAACAAAGCUUCGAAGUGGCGGCACUCUGUUAGCCGCUGCCGCUGUCAAUGCAGCCGGUUCAGCCCUGGUUGGCGAUACCCAUCAUUUCUGGGCAGCACCUUUUGAAGAAGAUGCUGAGUUUGGCGGCUACGGCUACCCACACCCUUGGCCAGACGAUGCCAGACAAGGCCGCACCAAAUCAGGACAGCGUGUCGCAGGCGCCAACACAACCCUGGGCAUUAUUGUGACAGACGUGAAACUGACCGCUGCUCAGGCCAAACGCAUCGCCACAUCAGCACAUGAUGGUUUUGCCCGCGCGUUAUACCCGGUACACACACCCGCCGACGGCGACCUGAUUUUUGUCGCCUCAACCGGACAGUAUGAUGCAGAUGAAGAAGCGCUGCUUGACCUGGGUGUGCUCGCUGGUAACACCAUGGCCAGAGCCAUUGCGCGCGGCGUCUUUGAUCUGAUACGUAUCCCCACAAUCAAUCCACCCGGUGAAUUCUAUGAUGACUGCGCGCACUUUGUCGGUGAGCGUAUGGCCCAGCGUGCUUUUACGGUUGAGUACUUUCGCGCCGAAGGUAGCCCUGGGGACACGGAUCAGUAUCCGCGCAUGAACGUUGUCGCCCGGCACCAUGGCGGCAGCGGUCCCUGUGUGCAUUUCAACUCCCACAUUGACGUUGUUGCAGUCGGUAAAGGCUGGCAACAGGAUCCAUUCGCCGCGACGUUGCUGGGUGACCGGAUCUACGGGCGCGGCGCAUGUGACAUGAAAGGUGGUCUUGCCGCCUCGGUUAUCGCCGUUGAAACUUACCUCGAGAUGUAUCCUGACCAUCCUGGUGCCAUCGAGAUAUCCGGCACCGCAGACGAAGAAAGCGGUGGCUAUGGCGGCGUCGCCUACCUGGCUGAACUGGGCAUCAUGGCAAAGCCACGUAUUGACCAUGUGAUCAUCCCUGAGCCGCUGGACAAAGACCGCGUAUGUUUAGGUCAUCGUGGUGUCUGGUGGGCGGAAAUUGAAACCAAGGGCCACAUUGCCCAUGGCAGCAUGCCCUUUGAUGGCGACUGUGCCGUGCGCCAUAUGGCUGCCGUACUUGCCCGCUUUGAAUCCGAACUUUUUCCUCACCUGGCGACCAAACGCACCAACAUGCCGGUUGUCCCGGAUGGCGCAAAACAAUCGACGCUGAACAUCAACUCAAUGCAUGGCGGUGAAUCAGAAGCGUUUGAGGGUCUACCCACACCUCUGGUGGCAGACUCCUGCCGCAUGAUUAUUGAUCGACGCUUUCUUAUCGAAGAACAACUGGCCACGGUGAAACAGGAGGUUGUCAGCCUGUUGGACGGAUUGCGCGCAGACCGCGACCGGUUUGACUACACCAUCAGAGAUCUGUUCGAGGUGAUUCCCACCAUGACAGACGAGCAUGCCCCUGUGGUUCAGGCCGUCAGCCAGGCCAUUGAACAGGUACUGCACAAGCCUGCCACGAUGGUGGUAUCGCCGGGCACAUACGAUCAGAAACAUAUAGAUCGUAUUGGCAAACUGAGCGACUGCAUUGCUUACGGCCCGGGCAUCCUGACCCUUGCACAUCAACCCGACGAAUAUGUUGAGGUGCAGGAUAUGAUCGACUCAGCCAAAGUCAUGGCCAUCGUCGCGAUUGUCACUGGCGCAGGCUCAGGCUUUGGAACGGGCAUUGCUGAAAGUUUCAUUGCUGCUGGUGCAACGGUAGGACUGCUUGACCUGAACCUUACCGCGGCAUCAGAGGUUGCAACCCGCCUGGGCAGCCGCGCCAUUGCCCUGGAAGGUGACGUCACCAACGAAGCAUCCAUGCGUAGCGCGAUAGAUCUGUUACAGCGUCGUGCGGGUGACGUAGAUAUUGUGGUUAACAACGCCGGCAUCGGCCUGCCACCUACUGCAAUGGAAGACGUGAGCGCAGAAGACUUUCAACGCCUGUGUGACGUCAACAUGCGAUCCAUUUUUGUAUGUGGCAAGGUGAUUGUACCCGCGUUUAAGAAACGUCAGCAGGGGGUCAUUCUGAACAUCGCCUCCACCGCUGGAGUGAGCCCGAGGCCCAACCUCACCUGGUACAACGCAUCUAAAGGCUGGGUCAUCACCGCCACCAAAUCAAUGGCCAUUGAACUUGCCGCGCUUAACAUCCGCGUCAACGCACUUAACCCGGUUGCUGGAGAAACGCCACUGCUGGCAACAUUCAUGGGUGAGGACACGCCAGAGCAACGCGCCACGUUCUUGCAGAGCAUCCCCUUAGGACGUUUCUCCACACCAACGGAUCUGGGCGCUGCAGCGGUGUUUUUAUGCAGUGAUAGCGCCAGUUUGAUUACAGGUGUGGCUCUGGAAAUUGAUGGCGGGCGCUGUAUCUAG